AUUAGGGUUAUUUAAUUCGAUAAAUAUUACGACUUUAAUUCAAUUCAUGAUAACGAGAUCAUGGAAAAGAUCGAACACUUGUGGAAUGUAACUCAAUAUUUGUCAAAGUUGCAAUGUCCAGAAGCGAAUAGGUUACAAAACUUUUAUAUAGAACGUUGUAGAAACGUAGCUAAAGGGAUCGAAUUACCAAAAAAAUGUUUUGGACCUUCAAUGAUGUGUUCUCAUUGUGGAUCACUUUGGACCAAUAUAAAUCAUCAAGUACGAGUAUUACCUGGUAGGAAGAUUUCCCAUUCUGUUGAUAAGAUGAUUAAAACGAAUACCGAAGGGUACAAAGUGUCUAAAGUUCGAGCUAAAUUAAUAAAAAAAUGUAAAAAGAAGGAAAUGAAUAAACUCUCCAUAAGAUGCUCUGUUUGUUUACAUCGAACAGAAAUACAAAUGAAUAAACCAAAGAAGAAAAUUGAAACCUCUGACAAUACGUUAGAGAAAUCUAAAAUUCUACAGAAAAAAAAGAGGAAAAAAGGGAAAGACAAAACAGUUGGAUUAAAUAUUUCUGGAAACUUAGUUCCAGAAUUACAGUCGAAUGAAAAUAAGAAAAUUCCUUCAACGAGUAACACGAGUCAAUCUAAAACUAAGAAUUUAAAUACAUCAAAGAUAAAGAAAUUAAAUAUAAGUAAAAUGAAAGAUAUUGUAAAUCAAAGUAUGACACCACUUAAUAGAAAGAGUUUAACAAAUUUUUUAAAAGAACUUGUAUAAAACGAAAAUUAAAAUGUAUAUCGUCCUAUUGUACUAAACGAUGGCUUAUGCCUAUAUAGUAGUUUAUUGAGCUUUGCAUUACUUCCUACAUACGAUGGGUACUGAUAAAAUAAAUAAGUACCACAUUAAAAUACGUGGAACUUGGAUUUUUUAUAGAAUCUUGAAGGUUUCUCACGUGUUUAUUUCCUAUUAUUCCAGUGGAAUUUCCUUUUGUACAAUCUGUAAAAUAGUAAUAUAUCCAUUUGAUAUGGACAAAUUUAAUAUGAAAGAUUAAUGUAAAUAAAAUAUUCGAUAUCUGUACAA